AUGCUUCCUGAAUCUAUCCUCCGCUCCAUGAUCACGACGGUUCUCGCCCUUGCCCUUCCAGCAAAGGCAGCACCUCGAGCGAUGGCCAACGACUCCACGCCCGGGCUCAGCCUGACAGCACAACUGCGACUGGCAGACACUGCCAUCGAGCGGUACCAGCUCCUCCCAAGGGACGAAGACUUUGUCUUCAACUUCACCACCAACGAGCUGCCGGUAGCCACCAGCCAGAACUUCCCUGCUCUAGUCGACACGGGCAUCUCAUUCAGCAUCUCGCAACUGCCAGCAUGUAGCAUGAGCUUCCUGCACCUGCACCCGCGCGCCACCGAGCUCUUCGCCAUCACGUCCGGGCGCGUGCUGUCCGAGAUGGUGCCGGAGACGGGCGUCGUGGACGCGGACGGCAAGCAGCGCGUCGUCCGCGCAGAGCUCGGCCCCGGCAUGCUGACCGUGUAUCCGGCCGGUUCGUUCCACACGCAGGUGAACCAGGACUGCGAGCCGGCCCAUUUUGCGGCGGCCUUUACGUCUGAUGAGUUUGCGCUCGGCCUGGUUGCGCAGCAGACGUUUGCACUGAGCGAUGGGGUUAUUGCGGCCACGUUUGGGCAGAGCAUUGCUGGGGAGGAUAUUGAGAGGGUUAGGGAGGCUAUUCCUGCGGAUAUGGUUAUUAAGGUUGAGGAGUGUUUGGAGAAGUGUGAGAGGAAGAAGCGUCACAUUUGA